AUGUUUGUCCCAGUUGCUGCUUCUCCGUUUCGCGGUUCGACUGCCAGCUUCUCUCGCAUCGCUCAACACCAGGGUUUUCAUCGUCAUGCUUUGCGCACUCAUGUGCGAUGGCUGGCUGCCGUCGCUCGCAAAACCAAAACAAAUAAAUUAAAAACCCUUGCUUUACCCUCCGAAGCCCGACAUAACGAAAUAGGCGUUCAGCAACUCAGCUCCCACGUAUUCGAACAAAUAUUUCCCGAUGGUGUAAAACCUCCACCCCAAGAGCUCGUUGAGCUAUCCAAGGACCAUUUGAGGCGCCACGAUCUGCUUGGGAAGAACACCGACAAAUCCGAUCCUAUAGCUUUUAAUAUUCCCCCGCUGCAAGGGCGCACGCUUGACGAGCACUUUCACAAGCUUGGUAUGGAUGCCGCUGAGCCAUUCCUCACAUUUGCGAAGCAAUUUGCCAUCGCCAAUCCUCCCCCCAAGCCCCGGCAAUGGGUAUACGAGAGUGGCUGGACGAAAUAUAACCCUGAUGGGACGACCGAGAAAGUUGAGGCGCCUGAAGAAGAGAUGCUGUCGUUCGACACAGAGGUCAUGUGGAAAAUAAGCCCUUUCGCCGUCAUGGCCUGCGCAUCGAGCCCGACUGCCUGGUACGCAUGGCUAUCGCCUUGGCUGUUGGGAGAGACAGAAAACGAUCGGCAGUUGAUUCCUUUUGGUGAUCCUACCAAAGAUCGAAUUCUUGUCGGGCAUAAUGUGGGCUUCGACCGAGCACGGGUUUUGGAAGAGUACAGCCUAAAACAAACCCGGAAUACAUUCCUGGACACCAUGUCGCUACAUGUGGCUGUUAAUGGAAUGUGCUCUCAACAACGGCCUACCUGGAUGAUGCAUAAAAAGAAUCGAGAGCUACGGGAGCGAUUCGCGACCCAGCCUCCUAGCCAUGAUUUGGCGGCAGUGCUAGAUAACCAAGCAGUGCACGACGAAGCGGAUCUUUGGGUCGAACGAAGCUCUGUCAACUCUCUGAGGGAUGUCGCCAAGUUCCAUCUUAAUGUUUCUAUCGACAAGACAAUUCGAAAUGACUUUGGUGAGCUGGAUCGUGAUGGAGUAGUAGAAAAGUUGGAUGAGCUCCUGACAUAUUGUGCCGCUGAUGUCUCGAUUACCCAUCGUGUCUACCAAAUCGUUUUUCCUAACUUCCUGAAAACCUGCCCACAUCCUGUCAGCUUCGCAGCUCUUCGCCACCUCUCCUCCGUCAUCCUUCCAGUUGAUAAGUCGUGGGAUGCGUACAUAAAAAAUGCCGAAGCUACCUACCACACUCUCUCUGAUGCGGUUCAGGAACGCCUUAUCGGUCUUACCGAAAGCGCACUGGAAAUGAAGGACAGCCCUGAUGAAUACGAGAACGAUCCCUGGAUGCAACAACUUGACUGGUCAGGGCAGGAAAUCAAGAUGGCCAAAGGCAAGGGGGACGAACCACCCAGACCCGUAGCCAGGCAGAAGAAGCCAGGCAUGCCCAAGUGGUAUAAGGACCUCUUCCAAUCUAGCGACUCGCCCAUCAACAUCACUGUUCGAACACGGGUUGCUCCUUUGCUGUUGAAGAUGUCCUGGGAAGGGUAUCCGCUGUUCUGGUCCGAUCAAUACGGUUGGACAUUUCGCGUACCUCGAGCGGAAGCCGCCAAGUACACAGCUAAGCUAGCGGUUGAGUGCAAGUUCGACGAGAAAGAAAUCAAGCUGCGUGACGAUCAUGCUCAUGCCUACUUCAAGCUCCCUCACAAAGAUGGCCCAACAGCGCGUUGUACUAACCCAAUGGCCAAGGGGUACUUGUCCUAUUUCGAGAGUGGUAUGCUGUCCUCCGAGUACACAUAUGCUAAGGAAGCGCUGGAAAUGAAUGCGUCGUGCUCUUACUGGAUAAGUGCAAGAGAUCGCAUCAAGUCUCAAAUGGUUGUUUAUGACAAAGACCUCCGCGUAAUGAGGGGAUCUACUCGUGGCAGGCCAAAGAAGGACAAACCUGGUUUUAUUUUGCCACAGAUUAUCCCAAUGGGUACCAUAACUCGCAGAGCAGUCGAGAACACCUGGCUUACGGCCAGUAAUGCCAAGAAGAAUCGCGUUGGCUCUGAACUGAAAGCAAUGGUCAAGGCACCCAGGGGUUAUUGCUUUGUAGGAGCGGACGUUGACUCGGAGGAGCUUUGGAUUGCCAGCCUUGUUGGCGACGCAACAUUCAAACUUCAUGGUGGAAAUGCUGUUGGAUUCAUGACGUUGGAGGGCACAAAGUCUGCUGGCACGGAUCUUCAUUCGCGGACGGCAUCCAUCCUGGGCAUUACCAGGAACAAUGCCAAAAUCUUCAAUUAUGGACGAAUCUACGGUGCUGGUCUCAAAUUCGCAGCGACCUUAUUACGACAAUUCAAUCCAAACCUCUCCGAGAAGCAGACCAUGGAGACGGCAUCAAGGCUCUACGCAAAUACCAAGGGCACAAAGACCAACCGCAAGUUGCUCUACAAACGGCCCUUCUGGAGAGGUGGCACCGAGUCGUUUGUCUUCAACAAGCUGGAGGAGUUUGCUGAGCAAGACAAGGCUAGAACCCCGGUAUUGGGCGCUGGAAUUACUGAAGCGCUUAUGGGACGAUACAUCAGCAAGGGUGGUUAUCUAACGUCGCGAAUUAACUGGGCUAUUCAAUCUUCCGGUGUCGACUACCUUCAUUUGCUCGUUGUUGCUAUGGAUUACCUAAUUCGUCGCUUCAACAUCGAUGCUCGAGUGGCUAUCACAGUUCAUGACGAAAUUCGAUACUUGGUUACAGAAAAGGAUAAGUACCGCACAGCACUUGCUCUGCAGGUUGCCAACCUCUGGACAAGGGCCAUGUUCUCUCAGCAAGUUGGCAUCAACGAUCUUCCUCAGUCCUGCGCUUACUUUUCUGCUGUGGAUAUCGACCAUGUGUUACGCAAGGAAGUAGACAUGGAGUGCAUAACUCCAAGUCAUCAGACCCCUAUACCUCCGGGAGAGAGCAUCGAUAUCAAUACUCUUUUAGAGAAGGGAGAGGAUGCUCGGUUAGAUCCCGCUAUCGUUCCAGACGCCAAACACGCCCCCAAGCUCGAUGACAUCGCGUAUACUCCGCGCGUGCCUAUCAUGGAAGGCAUCCGGGAAGCAGCACAGGAGUCAAUUCCAUUUCUCAAAGCCCAAAUAGCCAGUGACGAAAAAGAGGUUCGAGACAUUGUCUACACGUUGCAGAAAGAAAGGCUAGCAGCGAUGCCAAAGAAGGAAAGGCCGAUGAGCAAGAAAGAAUUGCAAAGCGUGUUACCAUACAGGGCAUACCCACAACUUAUGCCCAUGGACGAACCCUUUAUCCUAACAGAGGCUAUGAAAGAAAAUCAAAAUGCUUAUGCGCACAAAAACAACAAGUUGGGGCUGGGAAAGUACUCGAACGGGAAUUACAGGCCAACUUGGAGGGUGUAA